AUGAGACCGAUUAUAGAACGGGUAGGCCAACCUGAAAGAGAUAAGGAAAAGUAUCGUGCAUUUGUUGGAGGUUCCAUCGCCGCUCGGAUAAAGAAAAUCGUUGCGGCCAGAUUUGGCAUCUUGCAUGAUCUGGCGUGGUAUCAUCCCGCGGCCCACAAUCAACAAGAGGGGCCAGUAGAUUCGCAGAAUAACAAAGUGGAGAAUCGUUAA